CACUGGAGUGUGGAGAGCAUCCACUGCCCAGUACGCUGUACGGUAGGCAGGCAGGCAACGGCUCAAGUUUUGUUGCCAUCUGCGUUGCUCUGGAAGUUGUUCUUGUUUCCCCCCCACAACCUGCGCACAUGGGCAUGGCGACGCAUCCAUCACCUGCGUGCACACUCCAAAUUCCGAAACUCACAUCUGCCAACCUAACUCUCCCGCGUUACUCUUCUUCGCAAGCAACGCAACCCCCCAUCUCGCCUCACCUCCCAGAUUCCAUGGCUCGAGCUCCCGCGCAUAUAGGCCAUCCAGCAAUCCAAGGCGAGAGCGAAGCAACAAGCAGAGCAACUGCGUUGGCUGGCACAAUCUAGCUCUCUGCCGCCAAUGGCGUCGCCGCGUCUUGUGUUCGUGGCGCCUCUCCUCGCGCUGCUCGUCGUGUCCGUCGGCGCGCUAGAGUCGGCGGGCGGCACGGCGACCAAUGGCACCUCGCCCGACGGCGCGAGCUCCUUGGCCAGCUCUGCCGACGGCGCCGCCGCCAGGACCAUCAGGGGCGGGUCGCUGGGCGCGUCGUCGUCGCAGGGCGUGCUCAGCCUCGACCGCUACGGCGGCAGCGCGCUCGCGGCUCUGACACUGGCGUCGCGUCUCGUGUUCGCGGCGCCUCUCCUCGCGUGGCUCUUCGCGCCCAGCGCUCUAGAGGCCCCGGGCAGGACCAACGGCACCUCCAUCGACGGAGCCGACGCCGGGACCACCAAGGCCAGGCCGCUGGGCUCGAGCGUGUUCGCCCUCGACCGCUACGGCGGCCGCGGCGACGGGAGGCACGACGACACGCAGGCGCUCGCCAGGGCGUGGAAGGCGGCGUGCGCCUCGUCGAGGCCGGCCGUCGUGCUCGUCCCCGGUGGCAGGCGCUACCUGCUCAAGCUCGUCACCCUCCACGGCCCGUGCAGGUCCAGCGUCACGCUCACGGUGAAGGGCACGCUGGUGGCGUCGCCGAACAGGGCGGACUGGAGCGACAGGGACAGGAGGCUCUGGAUCGUGUUCAGGAGCGUCAGCAAGCUCAUCAUCAAUGGUGGAGGGACCGUCGACGGCAACGGCAACAAGUGGUGGCCGCACUCGUGCAAGAUCACCAAGGCUCUCCCGUGCAAGGAGGCUCCGACCGCUUUGUCGUUCCACUUCUGCACGAAUUUGAGGGUGGAGGAUCUGAAAAUUGUGAACAGCCAGCAAAUCCACAUGUCGGUGGAAGACUGCACCAAUGCGCACCUGGCACGUUUGUCUAUCACUGCUCCUGGCACGAGCCCUAACACCGACGGCAUCCACAUCACUCGCAGCAAAGAUGUGAAGGUCACGGACUGCAAGAUCAAGACUGGAGAUGAUUGCAUAUCAAUUGAGCACGGGACGCAUAAUCUCCAUGUCUCAAAAGUUGUGUGCGGACCGGGCCACGGGAUCAGCAUAGGUAGCUUAGGAGACGACAACUCGAGAGCUGAAGUGUCCGGCAUUAUCAUAGACACAGUGCAGUUCUACGGCACAACCAAUGGAGCACGGAUCAAGACGUACCAGGGAGGAAGCGGGUAUGCCAAGGAUCUCACAUUCCAAAACAUGAUCAUGUACAACGUCAAGAACCCGAUAAUCAUCGAUCAGAACUACUGCGACAAGAAUAAGCCAUGCAAAGAACAGAGAUCAGCGGUGGAGGUUAGUAAUGUGGUAUUCAAGAACAUUAGGGGGACAACAAUUACCAAGGACGCCAUUAAACUCAAGUGCAGUAAGCAUGUCCCAUGCCAUGGCAUUACCUUGCAGAACAUUAACCUGAAGAUGCAGGGCGGGAAGGGCGCCACAGAAAGCACUUGCCAGAAUGCAAAAUGGAGGAAAUCGGGGACCGUUAUCCCACAGCCCUGCACUGCCGAAACCUACGAGUAUGAGGGAUUGGAAUUGAGCAGCAUUUAAAAGCGGGUGUACAUAAUGUAGUAGUAAAAUACUAAAAUGGUAGUGUUUUU